AUGAAGUUCUCGGUUUCGACACUCCUCCUGCCCCUUGCGGCGCUCGCCACAGCCUGGGAGCAGGUUGACAAGAACAAUUCAAUUGUAGCCGUUGUCGACGUGCAGGUCGGCCUGCUGUCCCUGAUCCACGACAUCGAUCCAGUGAAUUACCGAAAUUCGAUCCUAGCCCACGCCGAUCUGGCUAGGGUGUUCGAUCUACCCGUCGUCCUGACCACGUCUAGCCAGUCUGGCCCUAAUGGUCCUAUGUCCCACGAGAUCACCAACAUGUUCCCCGACGUCCAGGUUGUUCAGCGCCACGGCGAGAUUAACGCUUGGGACAAUGCCGAGUUUCGCGAGGCCAUUGAGAAGUCGGGAAGGAAGCAGGUCAUCAUUGCCGGCGUUACGACGGAUGUUUGUACGACUUUCCUCGCCCUAUCUCUCCGCGAGGCUGGGUACAGUGUGUGGGCUAACGUUGAGGCCUCGGGCACGACGUCGGAACUCGUGCGCACGCUUGCUAACGAGCGCAUGGUACGCGCGGGCGUCAAUGUCGUGUCGUGGUUCUCUAUUGCCGCCGACCUGCUGCGCGACUGGCGCUCGCCCGACGCGCCCAAGAUGAUCCCCUACUUCGACCGCUGGCUCCCCUCGUUCGGCGCCGUCGCGCGCGCACAUAUCGGCGCUAUACAGAACGGAACCGUGUCUCCGGGCCAAGAUGAGUUGUAG